GUGGUCAGAAGCAUCCAGCGCCGCCAAUCUCUACAGUACCGAACCAUGCAACGCGAUGGUAAAGCAGCGCAUAGGUCGACCAUACAUCCAACGACGUAGACAGAUGGGAUGCUGGUCAGCAACAACGCAAGCACUGGCAGAGUCCGGGCGCCAGGCUCCCGACGACGGUAAGAAGUGGAGACACCAUCAGACAUGGUGCCGUGCCGACGACGUGACUGCCGACACCACACUCGAAGUCCUUGCUCCAUAUUUUGACGACCGCUCUUCGAUCUCCACAGACAGGUCGUCGUGUCUCUCAUGGGAAGACGAGUCUGAAGACGACAGCACGACCAUCGUCCUGGACGGCGACGUUGAGAUUCACUGCGAACGAGACCAUUACCCACCCCAGCGAAGGCAGCGCGAUGCAGCCAUGUUUGAAACAUCCGUCCUUGGACUCCAUACUUGCUCCAACAGUGUGCUUCUCAUCUUCAACACACUACGGCAUCUGCACCAUCGCAUCUACGACGACCGAUGCCUGGCAGACGUGCGUCCAUGCUUCGUGCAACUAGAACUCGCGCGUGCCGCCUCGUCCGUCGAAGUCAUGAAGCGAACGAUGUUGGACCUCCCAUCGACACUGCUCGAUCUCUUGCUCGACAUGAUCGACGACACCUGGCAAGACGUUCUUGGUCUACAUCAUUACAACAAGCGCGGCGAAGUCCAUUAUGCACUACUUUAACUUAUAACUUAACAUAUCCCAAUCCCCA